AUGUCCGAGAGAUCAGUUUGGGGUGCUCAGGGUAUCCGAAAUACUUCAGGUAAUAGCAGUGCAGGGCUAGGCAUACCUGGCUACAUGGAUCUGAGCAAUUCUCCGCAAGCCACACUUGCCGGAUAUAUGGAGUUGCUAUCGUUGCAGUCGACAAGCACGGAGCAGCGGACAAGUACUGGUCGGUUGAUUUCUGGGCAGCCGUCGUCGUCAUCACCCGUGGAGAGACGUACAACUCCUGGGCGUUUGCAUUCUGGUCUACAGCAGUCAUCAACAUAUGGAGAGAAAACACCCACUCGAACCAUUCCCCAGCCGCGCUCACCACCGUGUAAAGAAGGUAUGGCUUGGCAUUCACCCCUUUCGCAGCAGCUACCAUUACCCGCUAGGGAGGAAAUAUCUGGCCAAUCACCCUCUUCGCCGUUGAGAGACUGGGCAGGUACUAUGGAGCUGGCCUUAUCGCCACCGAGGCAGACAGCCCAAAUCAGGAUUCCGCGGAAUCAAACAGCACGACCAGGAAAUAGCCCUCCCAGCCGAGCGUCCCAGCAGAGCAAUAUCGCCACAUGUCCACCAGCUCCGCCAUCAGCGGACGCCAUAGCCCUGUUUCUCGCCGUUUUUGAGCCUCCUGGAACCAUCCCGAUGUCAUCUCUGUCACGAUCAUCGCGCCGUAACUGCUCCAUCAUGGUGCAGUACCGACCCAAUGUCGACAAGUUCUCCGAGUACUGUUGCAUAUCAACUCCCAAACGGCGGCCCAAGCGUCACCUCCAAUUCUUCUCAACGCAUGGCCUGCCGGACCCGAGAGACAACGCACCGGGUCUCAUCGCCAUGGGUUUCGUCGCCCGCGUUCCCCCGAGCGAGUCUUCCCGAUUGAACGAUCUGAUGAUGGAGAUGAGACGAAAAAUGGACGACACUUGGGACCAGAACACCUGGAUAGAUGUCUAUCUUCGAGACCUGGUGGACCGGAUGCUCAUCACGCGGCAGCGAAUGCAGGAUCUGUUGGAUUUUCUACGCCGCGCUCUGGAAACUCCGUUUACGGGUGUGCUCCCGAAUGCACAACACUGUUUUCCCGGCGCUCAUAUCCCCCGUAUUCAUGUGGGGAUGGAUGACUGA